AUGGCCGAUGAUGGUCAAGCUCAUGAGACUGAUGCUCGUCCUAAUGAUACUGCAGUUGAAGACGAAGAUGACGAUCUUUUUUAUGAUAGUGUCGAUUGGUGCAAAGUUGCUACAGAAAGAGAAAAUAAAAUAAAGGAACUUAAAGGUGACAAAAAGACUCUGGGGAAAGGUAUUAAAGAGCGUGACAGAAAGUUGAAGAGUUUAACAGCAGAUUAUGAGAAAAUGAAAAACGAUUACGAAAGAGUAAAGUUUGAUUAUGAAAAACUGCUAAAAGAGCAUGCAUCUUUAAAAACGGGAAAAGGAAAACUUCAGAGUGAUUAUAAUCAACUGAAGGCCAAUCAUGACGAUUUGCGAAGUGAUUAUUCCAUGUUAAGAAGUGAUCAGUACAAAUUGCAGUCUGAUUAUGAUCAGAUAAGGAGUAAAUUAAAUAAUUUUGAGGCAGAAGAAAGAAGAAAAUUGAAAAGGCAGAGACUUGAAGAACAGAAGCAGGAGGAGGAAAUGCAAAUCAAAAGAAGAGUUAGACUGGAAGAGAUUGAAAGAGCCAAAGUAAGAGAAGAAUUGCGUGGCAAUCAACAUUAUAAUCAACAAUGCUUCAAUUAA